AUGUCGGCAAAGAGCGCUUUCGUGGCGCUGCAAGACCGUUUCGUGAGCUCCUUAGCAAUCGCUUACUGCCCCAGUAUGGACCUCGUGGCACUGAUCACUCCGGACCGUGACCUUCUCGUCCAUCGCACGACGUCGUGGCAAAAGUUACUGCACUGUAAAGCAUCGGCCGUUGGCUCGGAAAUGGUGACGCUGGCGUGGAAACCCGAUGGGCUGCACCUCGCAGUUGGAUGUGACAGAGGAGACGUGCUCAUCAUUGAAAUCGAGUCGGGUGGGGUCGUGCCAAGAGCGUGCAGUACCUUUUGUCAUGAACAUUGUGUCACUGCAAUGCACUGGGUCCAGAUCACGGAGACGAUGGAGCAGAAUGGACGUUGUAGCGAGCGAAAACGGCGAUGUCGAAACAGUUCUGGUGCUGUGGGUGCCGCACGAUGCGCUCGUGACGUGAUGUCUCAAUCGAAAGUCCAGUUUCAACGUCGAGCAGCGAGGUUCCUUGCAGGAUCCCGUGCGACGACUAGCUUGGAUACGCUCCUCGUUACUGCGGACAAACAGGGAUGCAUUGCAUUGUGGUGGAUGGGGCACGUGCUGCUGACUCGUGUCGAUCUGAGGAAACAUCUUACUGACGAAGAGCGUCGACUACUGGACCGAGUGGGGCAGGAACAGAGUGAUGUGGAGACGUUCCGUGUCGAACGAGUGAGUGUCGUGCCCGACUUGUCGCUUGUGGUCGUCCUGCUUGCGUUUUUUAGUAGCACGAGAGGCCACGUGGACGACGCGAUGCAUGCUUCGAAGUCGUAUCGCAUGCUGAGUCUCGAUAUGACGGCUCUUCAGCGCAUUCGCGAGGAUGUGGCACUUGUGGCGAGCACAGUUGGCUGCGUGCACACACUGCUGGAUCGGAUCGUCAGUUGCAAUAAGCAAAUGAAGACGGAGUGGAAAAACGCUACACGCGUUUUUGAGCUGAAGAUGGGACUUAUCGGGUCGCUCUAUGAGAAGUACGCGUGUGAGGUGACGCCGCAAGAAGACAUGUUAUCGGUGCUGGUGAGUGGCAUCGCACCGCCUGUGCUGGCCCAGUACUUCGCUCAAGACAUUCAAGAGAUGAGUGUGCAUCGAAUGCAGAAAGCGAUGUGUAGUGGUUGUGACUCGCUUCGGACGCUUGCUGAGGGUACGCUGAAGCAGGCUCUAGUAGAGCUACUGUUUCGAUUGUCGGAGAUACGUGGUCACGCCAAGUGGAAGACUCAAGAGUAUGCAAAUACGUUGGGGAUCACUAUCUCUGCUCUCGACGACCUUGUCCGAGUUGUGGAAGACGCGCUUGUGGAAGUGGAGACGCUUAUACUGGCGAUACACGAAACGCUGCUUGACUUUGCGCUGUUGUUCCAGUGGAUGAUCGAACGUAUCCGCAUCCACACCAAUGUGCAUCGACGAGGAGGUGACACAAGUGCAUCAGGGCUUGCCGGAUCCAACGCCAGCACUGCCACUGGGCCAAACUCGCUUCUCAACUUGCGGCGCCUGUGUGACUUCUUACAACGUGCCGCAGAAGCUGCAAAACGUUUUCGCAAACAGCAGCCGAGUCCAAGCACGUACAAAGUGGAGACCACGUUCGGCAACCCGGUGUCUUUGCACCUUUCAGCUCGACAAGUUCCAUCAAGCGAUAGUGCGCAGAACCCAGCGGCAGGAUGCUUUGAUGCCUUGACUCAGUCGAUGCAAGAGCAAUGGCUGAUCCUGCAGAAUGCAGUGUCUAUCACACUCGCGCAAACGAUCAGACGUGAUCCGAGUGGAUGCUUCACGAUUGGGAACAGCAAUAGCGUUGUCGACGAAUGCCGUAUCCAUUUCCGGAAGCCGUUCAGCGAGCAAAGGUCGGACGAUAUUGCUGAGAUCGCUGAUGGGAGCAGUGACGAAGAGAGUGAGGAAGAGACGGUCGAUUGGGACGCCCUCAAGUAUUACGGACGCCUGCCGGAUGACCAGACGGAUUGUAGUACAAUGCUAGUGGGCUUUCGACUCCGAUCGGGUCUUCUACUACUGCUGCGUGCAUCUCAACGGGAGGAUUACCGUCCACUUCAACACGGGACGCCUUCACGCUUAGUUUGGGAUGCUGCAGUCAUCCGCUUCUCGCGAGAGUCUUCCGAAGGUGCUGUCACGUGCCAAGCAUUUGACUUUUACGGCGAUGGACCAUCAGACAAGCAAGAACAGCUCGCAUUUGUGCUGGAUUGCGUGGCAGACGGCGGCAAGGGACAUGAAGCGUGGCUGUACCUGCAGUCGUACGACAACGUUGCGUUCUCGUGCACGAAUGCCGCAAUGCCACUUGAGGUCAUCUUAGCUCAGUGCGUCACUCUUACUAUUUCGCUCGACCCAACUCGAGGACGACGCAUCGCUUCGUUGUCGACGCCCGUGCAAACCAGUGGAAACGCGAUUGCUGUGACUGCGACCGGUGCUCGUGGAGUUGUGUGCGUCACUUUGCCACCUGCUCGCUUGGUCAUCUUGGACGCAGAAGACAGCGGAGACGACGAAGACGAUGAUGGCGAUGUUGUCAAGUGA